ACGAAGGCGUCCAACAUCACGCUGAGCACACAUCCCCUUCCCUUCUUCUCACCAACCACCGGAAAAGCCGCCGGUCUCCUCUUCCUCCUCCUCCGACGACGAUGGCGGCGGCGAUGUCGGUGUCGGCGGUGGUCCCUCCGGCGGCGGCGGUGGCGCGGGCGCGGACGCUGCUCUGCGUGCCGGCGACGGCGCGGGCGCCGCGGGAGAUGGCGGCGGAGGUGGCCGCCGCCGCCGCGCUCGGCGCCGACGUGGCGGAGCUCCGGCUCGACCGGCUCUCCGGGUUCGCGCCGCGCAGGGACCUGCCCGCGCUCCUCGCCAAGCCCCGCGCGCUCCCCGCCCUCGUCACCUACAGGCCCAAGUGGGAAGGAGGCGAGUACGAUGGUGAUGAUGAACCGCGAUUCGAGGCACUACAAUUAGCAAUGGAACUGGGAGCUGAGUAUGUCGAUAUUGAGCUUAAGGUCGCUGACAAAUUUAUGAAAUUCAUGUCCGGAAAGAAACCUGAAAAAUGUAAGCUCAUCGUUUCAUCCCAUAACUAUGAUAAUACUCCAUCAGCAGAAGAGCUUGGAAGUUUGUUGGCUCAGAUACAAGCAACAGGAGCUGAUAUAGUGAAAAUUGCAACCACUGCUACUGAAAUUGUUGAUGUGUCAAGGAUGUUUCAAAUACUUGUACACUGCCAAGAAAAGCAGGUGCCAAUCAUAGGACUGGUGAUGAAUGACAGAGGUUUUAUUUCUCGGGUUCUUUGCCCAAAAUUUGGCGGAUACCUUACUUUUGGUUCUCUUGCAAAAGGAAAAGAAUCUGCACCUGCACAACCAACUGCCGCAGACUUGAUUAAUGUGUACAACAUUAGGCAGAUAGGCCCAGAUACUAGGGUGUUCGGUAUUAUUGGAAAGCCCGUCGGCCACAGUAAAAGCCCAAUUUUGCAUAAUGAAGCUUUCAGAUCGGUGGGUAUGGAUGCUGUGUAUGUUCCAUUUUUGGUGGAUGACUUGGCUAGAUUUCUUACUACCUACUCUUCACCAGACUUUGCUGGCUUCAGUUGCACAAUUCCCCAUAAGGAAGCAGCAGUUAGGUGCUGUGACGAGGUUGAUCCUAUUGCCAGGGACAUUGGAGCUGUUAACACAAUCGUUAGAAGAUCUGAUGGAAAACUUGUAGGCUACAAUACUGACUAUGUUGGUGCAAUUUCUGCUAUUGAGGAUGGAAUAAGAGCAUCACAAUCAACGCACUCCACUGCCUCACCGCUGGCUGGAAGGCUUUUCGUUGUUAUAGGGGCUGGUGGUGCAGGGAAAGCACUUGCUUAUGGUGCAAAAGAGAAGGGAGCAAGAGUGGUAAUAGCAAACCGUACUUUUGCACGUGCUCAAGAACUUGCCAACUUAAUUGGCGGGCCUGCUUUGACUCUGUCGGAGUUGGAAAAUUACCAUCCGGAGGAAGGGAUGGUUCUUGCAAACACGACAGCCAUUGGAAUGCAUCCAAAUGUUAAUGACACUCCUUUAUCCAAGCAAGCACUGAAGUCGUAUGCUGUUGUCUUCGAUGCGGUUUACACACCGAAAGAGACUAGACUUCUCAGGGAAGCUGCGGAAUGCGGAGCCACAGUUGUUAGUGGUUUGGAGAUGUUCAUAAGGCAAGCAAUGGGUCAAUUUGAGCAUUUCACGGGCACGCCAGCUCCAGAUAGCUUGAUGCGUGAUAUUGUUCUGACAAAGACAUGAUAAGUGGUUGAUAAUGAAUUCCGAGCACUGGCAAAUUCUUUGGAGAAUCCUUGCACCGCAAAGAGAACCCAGGGCGCAGUACCGAAGCCUCGUUUGUGAGAGAUGCAUCCAUAUCUGCAGUUUUUCGUGUAUUUUUUGGAUUUGGAUUAAGCGGUCAGUUUAUGUAGAUUAUGAGAUGGCCUCGGUUGAAACUUUGCAUUGUAUAGCCAUAUUGCCUCAAGUGUUUGUUUGCCCAAAUGAGUGCGUCAAAGAACAGCAAGGAGGCUUGCUUGCCAGAUUGCGUGAGCUUGUAGAAUAUAUAUUGGAUCAAGACCCUACACCACUCUGCAUGAGAAGUUGAUAAUAAUAUAUUGAUAAUAUGCAGC